AUGCAUCCAUCGCAGAUUGUAGAACGGGCGUGCUUGUGCUUCUCCCGUUUGGUGGCCACAUUCCGCCACUCCGCUCCGGAACUGACGCAGUUGGCACAGUGCGGGUUCAUCAAGCGACUGAUGGACACUCUCACAGCCACGCCCAGACUCAUCAACACACCUACAUUCACCAUGGUGCUUAAGACCUUCUCCACUGUACUGAAAGGAGCACCAGCGCUAACACAUAUAUUCAUUGAGAAUGACGUGACGGGUGUGCUGCGUGGCCUGUUGCGCCUGCCUUAUGAUGGAGAGGAUGUGCAAAAGAGUCUUCGCUCGUAUGCAGGGCUGGAUGCUGAACAGCUAUAUGAACUCUUCUAUAUCACGUGCGAGAUGCUCCCGCCGUUACCAACCGAUAAGGUGUUCACCAGCAUACCGGUACAGCACCAUGGUGUUCCGGGACAGUCCAAGCACCCCUCAGGAUCAACCCACUCACACGCAGUAGCCAGUGCAAACGCCAUUCGCGGCAUGAUCAAUCGUACAUUUAUGCAGCGCAGGGCUAGCGGCGGCAAGUAA